AUGUCUGAACCGAGUUCUGGCUGUGGCGUUCCCGUCCAGAGAAGCUCACAGCCUGGUCCAGAGACUGUGUCAGUGAAGCUGGAGGACUGCUGUCAGACACUGGAACUCAGUGGGAUUGUCAAAAAGGAGGAGGACAAGGGAGAAGUUAAAGAAGAAAAGGAGAAGAGAGAAAUCAAAGAAGAAGAAGAGGGGGAGAAGAGAGAGGUCCAAGUAGAAGAGGGGGAGAAGAGAGAGGUCCAAGUAGAAGAGGAGAGAAAUGCUGAUCCAGGUAGGUUGUAAUGGAGAGACGUCAAUGUCAAAACAAUCAAGUUGACCUAAAAUCAAACAUUUCCCAAGUAAUUCCAUACAUUGAAUCUAGUUAGGUGGCGUUUGCCUUGUCUCCCUGCAGUCUAGAACUGGAACGCUGCUAAAAGGGUCACAUGACUCAUGAAGUGUAUGUGCACUGUUAGCUCUGCUCCUUUGUCAGUCAAAGAGCGAUUGAGAAAUCUGUCAAUUGCAGACAAAUUCUUUGUUUUCUUGAAAGCGUACGGACGAAUGAGCUAUUUUAAUAAAAGUGCUAUCGGUUUUGAGUCAGAGGAAAUGUGAACUUUUCCACCUAAAACAAUUGUGAUUAUUUUAUAUAAUUUUAUGUGGGUGACUGCAACAGCAGCAGAACUAGGUAAUUGCACAUGUGCGCUCUCGUGGGGGAAUCCCUUUACGUAAGAACUGCACGUAAGGUCCCCUUAUCACAGAUGCGUAAAAAAAAAAAAACUGUAUAGACCGUAGUUAUUCAAAGUAAACAACUACCUACAAACAUGUCUGACAAUGAAAUACUCGCGAGUGACGAAGAAAACCACUGGAGGGACACCAAUGUUUAUAAUCUGUAAUAAAACAAAUUAUGGCCAUGGGGCUAAAUAUAACGCAUAGGAUAACAGAUUUAUACAUGUACCUAUAUUUUUUGCACUAAACUACUUCCAUAUAUACUUCCAUUAGUUGUUUUAACUUGUACCGGGCUACCUUCAUGAGGCUUGUGGGCAUCCUAGAGCAAAACAAGUGUCUAGGCCAAGCUGUUGGGACGCUACAGACAGAAGUUGGCAGAUCGUGGGAGAUGAUGCUUGUGGGAGAACACUAUCGUGUUCGUGAGAGUCUCAUCUUUCCAUUGUGGUCAUAUUAAUUUGCAGGCCAAACCGUUCCAACGUUUUCGUAAGAAAGACUGAUUUUCAGGGAUGUCUUGUGGUCUGACAAACACCGCUGUAGCUCGGCCACCUUCCACCGCAGAUGCAGAAGGCCGCCAUUGGCGGAUUUUUAUUUAUUUAUUUAACCUUUAUUUAACUAGGCAAGUAAGUUAAAAAUAAAUUCUUAUUUACAAUGACGUCUUACCAAAAGGCAUCCUACGGGGGCUGGGAUUAAAAAGAAAAAUAUAGGACAAAACACACAUCACGACAAGAGACACCACAACACUACAUAAAGAGAGAACUAAGACUAAGACAACAAAUCAAAUUGUAUUUGUCACAUGCGCCGAAUACUUACAAUAAAAUGCUUACAAGCCCUUAACCAACAAUGACGUUUUAAGAAAAAAUAACCCAAAAAAGAAAAAAGGCACAAAUAAUUAAAGAGCAGUAAAAUAACUAAAAUAGCAAUAGUAAAAUAACAAUAGUAAAAUAACAAUAGCGAGGCUAUAUACAGGGGGUACCGGCACAGAGUCAAUGUCCGGGGGCACCGGUUAGUCGAGGUAAUUGAGGUAAUAAGUACAUGUAGGUAGAGAUAUUAAAGUGACUAUGCAUAGAUAAUAAACAGAGAGUAGAAGACUGCAGUGAUGUGUCCUAUAAGGAGCAUUGGUGGCAAAUCUGAUGGCCGAAUGGUAAAGAACCUGCCAAUCUAUAAAUGACAUCUCCGUAAUUUAGCAUGGGUAGGAUGGUCAUCUGAAUCAGGGUUAGUUUGGCAGCUGGGGUGAAAGAGGAGCGAUUACGAUAGAGGAAACCAAGUCUAGAUUUAACCUUAGCCUGCAGCUUUGAUAUGUGCUGAGAGAAGGACCGUCUAGCCAUACUCCCAAGUACUUGUAUGAGGUGACUACCUCAAGCUCUAAACCUUCAGGAGGUAGUAAUCACACCGGUGGGGAGAGGGGCAUUCUUCUUACCAAACAACUUGACCGUUGUAUUGGUGAUGUUCAGAACAAGGUUAAGGGCAGAGAAAGCUUGUUGGACACUAAGAAAGCUUUGUGUCGGAUGCAGUGGAUUGAGAACCUUUUGAGGAUCUGAGGACCCAUGCAUGGCAGCAACACAUGACAACACAGCAUGGUAGCAACACAACAUGGCAGCAGCACAAAAACGCAAAAAAACAAAACACUAUCUCUAUCUUAAAGAGAUGGAUUUUGAUGGGGAAUUUUUGUAUUAUGCAAAGAACAUUUUCACAGGGACACGGACAUCGACUCUAGGGGGUUAAAGAGUAUAUGCAUUGAUUUUAAUCUGACUCAAUUUAUCCUAAAUGUGAAAAACCCUGUUAACUCCUCAUUGAUUUAUACAAUUCUUACUAAUAACAUCCAUAAAUAUUUGUCUAGUGGAGUAUUUGCAUAUGAUCUCAGUGGUCAUUGUCCCAUUGUAUGUAUUAGAGAUACCAAACGGCAAAAUACUAAUCCUCGUUUAAUUAAAGAAGAUGCAUUUUAAAACGUUUUCUCAAGGGAUUUUUUCAUGACAUGUUCUUACUCUGAUUUAGCCACUGACCACGUUAACAUGCACACCCAUAUCCCGUUUAUUAUUCGUGAUACUCAAGUAUUCUGUUUUUUGAGUUGACGCAUAUAAACAUCAUAUCCCGUUUACAAUAACCUGAAAAAGCUUCCAUCACUGUUAUGAGAAACCCAGAUAAAAUGCCUGGGAUACGCUGAUCUAAGACGGGAUACUGUGGCAUGUAAACAUCUUAUUCUGUUUACUGUAGUUAUGUUCUGCGCAGGCUGUUUCACAUAUCAUGGGUGUUGUGUGAUGCUGUUUUCAUCUGAUUUUCAAACAAAUCACUUCAAAAAAAAGUAGGUUACCUUCGCAGUUAGAUCCACCAUAAUAAUUCCCUAAUAAUUUAGCCUAUCAUAAUUAAUUUACUAUAAUUUACUACUGGCUACUUUCACCCCUAAUUUAGACACGUUUCUGCUUAUAAUUUCCGACAUUUGGUAGGCCAUAUUAUAAUUUCCGACAUUUGGUAGGCCAUAUUAUAAUUUCCGACAUUUGGUAGGCCAUAUUAUAAUUUCCGACAUUUGGUAGGCCAUAUUAUAAUUUCUGACAUUUGGUAGGCCAUAUUAUAAUUUCUGACAUUUGGUAGGCCAUAUUAUAAUUUCCGACAUUUGGUAGGCCAUAUUAUAAUUUCUGACAUUUGGUAGGCCAUAUUAUAAUUUCCGAUAUUUGGUAGGCCAUAUUAUAAUUUCCGAUAUUUGGUAGGCCAUAUUAUAAUUUCUGACAUUUGGUAGGCCAUAUUAUAAUUUCCGAUAUUUGGUAGGCCAUAUUAUAAUUUCUGAUAUUUGGUAGGCCAUAUUAUAAUUUCCGAUAUUUGGUAGGCCAUAUUAUAAUUUCCGAUAUUUGGUAGGCCAUAUUAUAAUUUCUGAUAUUUGGUAGGCCAUAUUAUAAUUUCCGAUAUUUGGUAGGCCAUAUUAUAAUUUCCGAUAUUUGGUAGGCCAUAUUAUAAUUUCUGACAUUUGGUAGGCCAUAUUAUAAUUUCCGAUAUUUGGUAGGCCAUGUUAUAAUUUCUGACAUUUGGUAGGCCAUUUGUUUGUCAACUAUAGUUAGAUACAUGCAGCUUCUCUUCUGUCAUAACUUGUUGCCCCAGAAGACUAAAUAAACUAGUGCUCAGCAGCAUAAUGUCUUACAUUGAUAGAAUGAAUGCAUUAGUAAUCUAGUCAACACCGGUAAAGUUGUCUGUUUUGUUUAGGGACCGGGGAGGAAACGCAAUAACUCCAAAACAGAGGAAAGAUUGGUCCUGUGCAAAAUGUCCAAAAUGUCAUCCGUUUCACCAGUUUUAAGGAAAUGAUAAGCUGAGAAAACAAUGAAACACUUCAGUUACUAUUCCAUUUAAACCAUAUACUUAAAUGAGAAUAUUCUGUUUAAUCAAGGUUAAGUGGUAAUAUUAGCCAUAGUGAGGAAAACAGACUCUGUAGCGGACUGCCAAUCUUUCAGACAACUGAGAAACAGAUUUACUAUCUCGAUUUAAGAAAGUUAAAUCAAGCUACUUUUUAAGCUCUGACUCUGCUGGUGAUCCUUGUAAAUGUUGGAAAACAGUAAAUGCACUGAAGCCUACAAAUUCCUCUUCUUCCCUGCCUAUGCAAGUUCUGUCUGACUGACAUCAUAACAGGAGAAUAAGGAGGAUAAGGGAUGCUUUUAAUCAUCAUUUUAUCUCGGCAGGCUUUUUAUUUGAGAGAAACGGUGGUUUAAUCGACCCUGGUCAGUCAAUCGACUGCUCUUCCCUCUGCCAGCCUAUAGCUGACUCGAUGGUUAACCUGUCAAUGUAAAAAUUUGUUUUAGUCAUUUAGCAGACGCUCUUAUCCAGAGCCAGUAUGAAAAUGAGUGCAUGCAUUUUCAUACUGGCCCCCCGUGGGAAACGAACCCACAACCCUGGCGUUGCAAACGCCAUGCUCUACCAACUGAGCUACAGGGGACUAUUUCUAGUGAAUCUUUGUUUUUAUUUCAACAAUUUACUCCCUGUGAUGUGCUAGAUGCUCACUGGGGCUGAUAUGCUUCAUCCAUUUUUGCUGCAGUUCUCUAACCCCCUGAUUGCUGAAUCAUUAACCCAUAUUUUUAACCUGACGAUUAUAUCUGGUACCUAAGGUUUGGAAAGCGGCCCAUGUACUCCCCCUUCACCAAGGUGAUGACCCUUAUGACCUAAAUAAUUUCUAGCCUAGCUAAAAUAUUAGAAUCCUUGAUUAAUUUCUUAUCUUUGAAAUCUAUUCUAAAUGUACAGUACCAGUCAAAAGUUUGGACACAACUACUCAUUCCUGGGUUUUUCUUUAUUUUUACUAUUUUCUAUAUUGUAGAAUAAUAGUGAAGACAUCAAAACUAUGAAAUAACACAUAUGGAAUCAUGUAGUAACCAAAAAGUGUUAAACAAAUCCAAAUAUAUUUUAUAUUUGAGAUUCUUCAAAGUAGCCACCCUUUGCCUUGAUAACAGCUUUGCACACUGUUGGCAUUCUCUCAACCAGCUUCAUGAGGUAGUCACCUGGAAUGCAUUUCAAUUAACAGGUGUGCCUUGUAAAAAGUUAAUUUGUGGAAUUUAUUUCCUUCUUAAUGCGUUUGAGCCAAUCAGUUGUGUUGUGACAAGGUAGGGGGGUAUACAGAAUAUAGCCAUAUUUGGUAAAAGACGAAGUCCAUAUUAUGGCAAGAACAGCUCAAAUAAGUAAAGAGAAACGACAGUCCAUCAUUACUUUAAGACAUGAAGGUCAGUCAAUCUGGAAAAUGUCAAGAAAUUUGAAAAGUUUGUUCAAGUGCAGUCGCAAAAACCAUCAAGCGCUAUGAUGAAACUGGCUCUCAUGAGGACCGCCACAGGAAAGGAAGACCCAGAGUUACCAGCCUCAGAAAUUGCCCAAAUAAAUGCUUCACAGAGUUCAAGUAACAGACACAUCUCAACAUCAACUGUUCAGAGGAGACUGUGUGAAUCAGGCCUUCAUGGUCGAAUUGCUGCAAAGAAACCACUACUAAAGGACACCAUAAGAAGAAGAGACUUGCUUGGGCCAAGAAACACGAGCAAUGGACAUUAGACCGGUGGAAAUCUGUCCAUUAGUCUGAUGAGUCCAAAUGUGAGAUUUUUGGUUCCAACCGCUGUGUCUUUGUGAGACGCAGAGUAGGUGAACAGAUGAUCUCCGCAUGUGUGGUUCCCACUGUGAAGCAUGGAGAAGGAGGUGUGAUGGUGUGGGGGUGCUUUGCUGGUGACACUGUCUGUGAUUUACUUAAGGCACACUUAACCAGCAUGGCUACCACAGCAUUCUGCAGCGAUACGCCAUCCCAUCUGGUUUGCGCUUAGUGGGACUAUAAUUUGUUUUUCAACAGGACAAUGACCCAAAACACCUCCAGGCUGUGUAAGGGCUAUUUGACCAAGAAGGAGAGUGAUGGAGUGCUGCAUCAGAUUACCUGGCCUCCACAAUCACCCGACCUCAACCCAAUUGAGAUGGUUUGGGAUGAGUUGGACCGCAGAGUGAAGGAAAAGCAGCCAACAAGUGCUCAGCAUAUGUGGGAACUCCUUCAAUACUGUUGGAAAAGCAUUCCUCAUGAAGCUGGUUGAGAGAAUGCCAAGACUGUGCAAAGCUGUCAUCAAGCCAAAAGGUGGCUCACUUUGAAGAAUCUAAAAUAUAAAAUAUAUUUUGUUUUGUUUAUCACUUUUUUUGGUUACUACAUGAUUCCAUAUGUGUUAUUUAAUAGUUUUGAUGUCUUCACUAUUAUUCUACAAUGUAGAAAAUAGCAAAAAUAAAGAAAAACCCUUGAAUGUGUAGGUGUGUCCAGACUUUUGACUGGUACUGUACAUCAUUCGGGUUUAAGACUUUUAGCAUUACCUCUGCUGCAUCCCUAGUUAUAAAUGAUGUGGUUAACUGUAUGGAUAAAAGGCAACAUUGUGCUGCCCUCUAAAAUGUGCCGUUUUGCCACAACACAAUGCCACAGGAAUGUCCACCAGAGCUGUUGCCAGAGAAUUGAAUGUUGUUUUAGAAAAUUUGGCAGUACGUCCAUCCGGCCUCACAAUCGCAGACCACGUGUAUGGCGUUGUGUGGGAGAGCGGUUUGCUGAUGUCAACGUUGUGAACGGAGUGCCCCAUGGUGGCAGUGGGGUUAUGGUACGGGCAGGCAUAAGCUACGGACAACGAACACAAUGGCAUUUUAUCGACGGCAAUUUGAAUGCACAGAGAUACCGUGACGAGAUCCUGAGGCCCAUUGUUGAGCCAUUCAUCCACCGCCAUCACCUCAUGUUUCAGCACGAUAAUAAAGGGCCUCAUGUCGCAAGGAUCUGUACACAAUUCCUGGAAGCUGAAAAUGUCUCAGUUCUUCCAUGGCCUGCAUACUCAUUGAGCAUGUUUGGGAUGUUCUGGAUCGACGUGUAUGACAGCGUGUAAUGGUUGGAAACCACACGUUUGACUCAGUUCCAUUUAUUCCAUUCCAGCCAUUACAAUGAGCCCGUCCUCCUAUAGCUCCUCCCACCAGCCUCCACUGGUCACAGAGUUUGCCCCACGAGAGCGCACAUGCACAGUUGUUACCGAUCUCCGCUGUUGUUGCAGUCGGACACAUAAAAUAAUCGCAAUCGUUUUAGGUGGGAAAGUACACAUUCCCUGACUCAAAACCGAUAGCAAUUUUGAUAAAAAUAGCUGAUUUUGGCAGUACGCUUUCAAUAAAUAAAAUAAUCUGUCCACAAUUCGCAGAUUACACAAUUGCUCUUUGACUGACAACAGAGCAGAGUUAGCAGUACAGAAAGACACGUCACGGGUCACUUGACCCUUUUAGCAGCUUUCCAGUUCUAGACUGCAGGGAGAGAGAGGGGGAGAAGGCAAACUCCACCUAACUAGUUUCAAUGUAUGGAAUCACUUGGGAAAUUGGGGAUUUUAGGUCAACUUCCACUUUAACCUCAUACAUUCUGAUAGGUGCUGUAAUUUAAUUGGGGAGAUGCCUUUGUGUUAAUUGGUGUUUUAUCACACCUGAAUCUAAAUAAUCAAUGUAUUUUUAUUUUUUUACUUUUCUGAUUCUAAUCCCAAAUCUGUUCAUAUAUUCCCACAGGCGAGAGCUCCAACUCCGGCUCACUCAGCGAGCCCAGUUCCACAUCACCAGGAAACCAAGAACAACACAGAGAGAGGAACUCAAGACGGAAACAUCACCAUUGCAUGGACUGCUUCACUAGUUUCUAUGAGCCAGAGGAGUUGAGAAGGCACACUUGUAAGGCGUGCAGCCAUGGUGUGACUUGUCCUCCCAAACGGAAAAAGACUUCCAGCUCCUUCUCACCAAUCCUCCCACCAAUCCUCCCACCAAUCCUCCCACAAUUAGCUUUCAUCAUCGUGUCAGCUAAUGGGGAUCCUAGUAAACAUAAAGAUACAUGUGAUGAGAGCUUGAACCAGGCCAGAAACCCAACAGCAAUCAGUAACCAUGUGGACUUUCUCCUUGCUAACCGUUACACUUUGUCGCAGAAGGAGAAACUCCAGAUAAAGCGUCUCGGUCCCCACCAGCCACCCGAUGUAGAAAUAACAGCACUUCCCAAACACCGGAGAAAGGGAAAGGACACGAACCGUGCGUUCAACCCCUCGUGGUUCGAUAAGAAACCGUGGCUGACGUCCAGCGUCUCCAAAAAAGCGCUUUACUGCUUCCCUUGCCUUUUAUUCGGCAAGGAGGGCGCUUGGUCAACGGUGGGUUUCAAGGACCUGAAGCACCUCUCCGAAAGGAUUUUCAAACACGAGAGUUGUAGUGCUCAUCUGGAAAGCAGCAUGAAACUGGGACUUCUAGGGAAGACUAACACCGCUGGUCAGCUGGUCAGCGUAAACCCAAGCUCCAUGGAGAUACACAACAGGCAGACAGAGGACAACAGGUACGUGCUGGGUAGAAUGAUCAAAUGCUACACACUGUGUGGGAGACACAUGGCUGCGACGUGGCGGAGCGGCCGGGUUGAGUCGGACUCCCUGAACACAUCCAUGUUUAAGUGCAUCUUUGAGACGAUGUGCGAGGGAGACUCGAGGCUCCAGAGGCAUUACGACGCUCACGGCUUCUUUAAGCACCCAAGAGGUUAUGUACAAAACACACUGUUUAACUGUAUGCACGAUGUGUACAGAGAGGCGAUUGCCAAGGAGGUGUGGGCUUCUAGCUUCGUAGCGGUGCAGGUGGACGGCACGCCGUGGACAGGGGAGGUCUCCUCCAGGUUGACCUUACCCCUAGGUACAGAUCUAGGAUCAGCGUCCCCUCCCCCAAUCCCGACCUUAACCAUUAGUGGGGAAAAUGCCAAACUGGCCGAAGAUCAGCGUCUAGGGGCAACAAACUACUCCUGUACGCCACGACGGGUCUCUGUCGUGCUACGGUACAUGCUUCCAGACAAUACCGUCACCGAGAGGUUUUGGGAGUUUGUGGACCUGAAGGAUAGAACGGCCGCCGGUCUCACCGACGCAGUCAAGGACUCGCUGGAGCCACUGAAACUGGAGCACAAGCUGAUUGCUCAGACGUACGACGGGGUCGCGGCGGCAGCAGUGGACGGGGCUGACGUGCGCGACUUGGAAACUCACCUGAAACACACCUAUCCCAAUGCUAACUUUGUGCACUGCUACGCUCACCCGCUCCGUGUCACACUCCAGCAGAUCUGCUCGGCGACAGCGACCCAACUCAAAGUGUUUUUUGCGGAUUUGUCUUCGUUCGAGACCUUCUUCAAGGAUUGCCCUAAGAGAGCUAUGGCCGCAGGGUGGAAUUGUGAGCGGGAAACGGUCAGUGUGGUUUGGGAGAAUCGCGUUGCUCUUCAGAAGUGUGUGGAGGAUAUUAGAACACAGCCGGUGUGGGACCAGGACUCUAUCAGAGAGGCUUACGGCCUGUCAGCCAAACUCAGGGACACCACAUUCCUACAACUGCUGGAAUUAUUCUAUUUGGUCAUGCAAGAGGUGGAUGUUCUCACUGUCAACAUACACAAAAGGGACAUUGUCGCGGCGGACAUCGAACAGGCAGUCGAUCGUUUCAAGAAGUACGUUCAAGACCAACAGGGGAGAGCUGAGGCCCUGGCCACAGCACACGUAGUAGGCCCCGCCUCUGACAACGACAAGAGAGAGACAAAGACGACUGCAGCGGUCAUGAGGAAGGCAUGUGACAUCGUCAUCACACAUGUGCGUCACAGGUUUUCUCAAAGUAGUGACCAUUUAAUCGCAGCCAAACUGGUGAAUCCCACGCUCUUCUCUAAGUUCGUCGGUUUAGAUUGUUUCCCGUGCUCAGCCCUACAGUGUGCUGCCAAGCUAUGGCCGGUGGGUAACACUGGGAAGCUGAAAAGUGAAUUGACCUCCCUGUACCGACACACGGAGCUCCACAGUGGUACAACAGCGCUGUCUUUAUUGAAAACAAUCAGCGAGCACAACCUCCAGGAUGUUUUGUCAGAGACGGUCUCUCUUCUCAAAAUCGUCAUCACCACUCCCAUGCAGACCUCCGAGUCUGAUAGAAGGUUCCCCACUCUGAAAAGAAUCCAGGCGUUGCCGUGUUCUCGGAACGCCUCAGGAUCCGCGGUCGCUUGGCAACAGAACAACGGCAGACUGAAUGCACUGUCCGUGCUCUCUGUUGAGAAGGACUUCAUUCAAGGACUUGGGUCAGACUUUCACGACAAGGUCGUCGAUAGGUUUGUCCAAAAUGAAACCUGCCCUGGAGCCUUCCUGUUUAAAUGA